AUGAAUAAUCAUAAUUCAAAUAAAAACGAUGCUUCGAUGCAGCUCGAAGAUCAAAAUUUCACCUCUAGUGAUAAUCAAAAUACAAAAGAGAAUAAUGAAAGUGAUUUUCAAUUUAAGAAAGUUAAGACAUCAAAAUUACAUGGCAUACCCACAUUAGGGGAGCGUUUAGCUGAAGCCCAGAACGUUGUAAAUGCAAGAAAAAUGGAAAAUUUCGAUUCUACUCUUGAUGCAGAAAGAUUAUCAUCCCAACCCAUAAGCAAUAUGCAAAGUAAUCCCGUUUUUUCACAAUCAUAUCAAUUACCAAGUUCUCAGCAUAUUCCACUAUCAAGCUCUCAACAACCGAUUCAUAUUUCGAAUUCACAACCAAUUCCUCUAACUUUACCUAAUACCCAACCAUUUCAAGUAUCAAAUACACAGCCUGUUUUCUUAUAUUAUCCUACACAGUCGUAUCAAAAUGCUGCGAACAUUGCUACCCCAAUUAACCAGGCUAGUACAGCGGUUGCACAAGCUGUACAAACUACAACCAACAACAACAACAACAAUAAUAAUGCUCAAGAACAUCAUCCUCAACUAAUGCCUGCACCAAUGGUAUAUUCCUAUGCUAACACAAACAUGAAUGUGGACACAGAUAAUAGAAAUAAUAAUAUUCCCAUACAGUCUCAAAAUCAACUUAGAAACUUCCGGAAAAUCGAGAGAAUACCUCAAAACAACUAUAACCAUGCAGGAAUAUCUUCUCCUCAUAAAGAUAUUCCAACUAAUGAAUUCUAUAAAUAUGUUAAUACUAAUAAUAAUACCAAUAAUAUGAAUACUAUUAGUAAAAAUGGAAUAGAAAAUACAGAACAGGAUAUUAAUUCAGAAGCAUUAUUAAGAAAAAAACUAUUCAUUUGGUGCUUAAUACGCUGUUCCAAAAAAUAUAAGAUAAAAAAACUAAAAAACAAGAAAAAUGCCAUAAAUUCAAAAGUAUUUUCAAUUCUAAAAGAAUUUGUUAAGAAGGUACGUUUACCACCACCUUCUUCAACAGUGGAUGAUACAUCUAUUAAUAUUGAUUGGAAGCUUGACUCUAUUAAAGAAAGAGAAUCCAGAAACUUUGACGGAAGUACUGAUUCUGAUCUGGAUGCCGAUAAAUCGUUUAACGAAGUAUUUGGUGAUACUACAAUUGAUGAAUCAUUGGCUCAAAAAAUUUCAUCGAUACAACCUACUGCAGCAAACUCUAAAUUUAAUGCUGAAAAUUAUACAACUUUAUCAGCCAACAUAGUACCGAAUAAAAGAAAUUUCAGUAAUAGAAAACAAUUAGAAUUCUUGAGUAGUAAGAUUGAAUAUUUGAAUAAAGAACUUAAUGAGUGGACCAACUUUCUAAAGCCUGAUAAUUUCAAUAAAAUUAUAAAUGUUUAUUCAACAAAAGAUUUCAAGAUAAAUAAAAGGGACAAUGAAAGGGUUUAUCUACGACAACAGGAAGAAAUUAAAUUCAACGAAAGUGUACUAAACAUUAAGCAGAAAUUUAAUAGCUUUGAAAAGGAAUCAGUCCAAUUAAAUAAAUUUUCAAAAUUACUGGAUAAAAUAACAAAGUAUAAAAUAGAGCUGAUAAAUGAUAGAGUAAUAUUAGAAAAUCAUAAGAAGUUUAUCACUAGGAAUAAUCAAGUCAAUAGUAAAAAAUUAUUGCAAGUAAUAGCAAAUAUAGCUAUUUAG